AAGUUAAUAUAAGGUAUAUGCAUAAUCAUAUGAUCAACUCAGCAAAGUCGCUAAGUUUUCGACAUGUUAACGAAGAAGUUCGUGAAGAACUCCUCAACCUUUUCAAAGAUGAAUAUCGUAAGGUCAUGCUUGGAAGUCGCAAUGGUGAAUCAAUGUUUGAACGACUAGCAGAAGUCGUUAAAAAUUAUAAUGAUUCAGAUCAGGGAAAGGCCAUUUUACAAGCAUAUGAUACACGCAUAGGAAAAGCAUUUAUCCUUUCUUCAUUUGAACUGUUAAACACUUCAAUCACCCUUCUUUAUACUAGUUGUACAGUUGGAGCUCUUCCUCUUGGGUUGUUUAUCACGUCAGAUGAGCUUGAAGUUACUUUGGAAAGAGCAAUUAAUAUGCUAAAAAUAAUACUUUCUUCAUAUGCGUUUUAUGGCUGUGGACCACAAACAGGACCCAUAUUAUUUCUUACAGAUGAUUCAAGUGCAGAGAGAAAUGCCCUGGAGCUAUGUUAUCCGAAAGGGUUCUGCCUUUUAU